CACUGAUGUUUAGUUAACACUGAAAUUUCUUUAAUGAGGUUCGGUUUAAAAUCGAGCUAAAUUUUACAUUUGAUCCAGGGUUUUCAAUAUACUAUUAUAUUUCAAAUCUUGUUGUUAGGGUGGUGCAAUGUGAUGGAUGAAUUAGUUUUAUUAAAGAAUUUUGUUAUAGCACAGUUAACCUUUUAGUGAUGAUACCACAACACUAACUCUUAACCAAGCAAUAAGAACAAUAAGCAUACAAGUAAUUAGCAUAUCAUUAAGUUUAUCUCUCACUGAUUUGGCGAAAUAAGAUAGCGAAAAGUCAUAAAACCACGAUGUAGCAGACCGCGGCGCUUCACUCCGAACAAAUUUAAAAUAACAUAGUGUCUUCUACCCCGAAUGAGUUCAGACCAACGUAUCGAAUUAUGGAAACAAAUACUAAAAUGGAGCCAACAAAAGUUAGCCCCUUAAGAGUCAACACUGUGCGUAUCUUUAGCUUAGCCAGUGCCUUACUGCUCACAAUGAUAAUUACGGUGAUGUGUAUCGGAUUUCUAAUGAGUUAUGAGGUGGCCACUGAGGUAUCCAGCAUAGAGGACAUACCCUAUUGGAAGGACAAACUGCCGCCGGAGCAACAGUUAUGGUACGAUGAAGCAAUUGAAGAGCUACAGUUGGCGUUGAAAAGAGACUUGCGUAAGCAGCUGGCGAAUAAUACAAUCAUCUUCCUGACGAGCGGCAUUGAUACGGAGACAAUGGCCGCAGCGCGUGCAUUGCUAGCGAACCGAACCAAACCACAGACAGUGUUGAGCUGGGAGCGAUUUCCACAUCUCGGCAGAUUGAAGAAUAGUUGCAGCAGCACGGAUCUCUGUGAUCCAUUCACUGUAGCCAGCGCCAUUUUUAAUGGUGUGCGCUCCAACUUUCGUGUCGGUGGACUCGAUUCUGGUGUGUUGUUUCGCGAUUGCGCUGCUGCGGCAAAUGUUAGUCAUCAUGUGAAGAGCUUAGUAGAGCAAGCGCAGAAGACUGGACUACGUACCGGAUUUGUGACUACCCUACGUGUUACCGGCGCAAGCAUGGCGGCGUUGUACGCACGUACACCGAACACAGCUUGGGAAUGUGAUGCUGCAUUGCCGGUAGCAGCUACCGCUGCCGGUUGCGUUGACGUGGCGCAGCAACUGAUCAAAAGUAAGACUGGUCGUAAUGUGAAUGUGAUCAUGGGUGGCGGGCGACAGACGCUCGUCUCGAAUGUGCCCAACACGGUUUGGGAUCCCGUCGACGAAACAACUUGCAAUUCGCAGGACAGUCGUAAUAUCAUCAGCGAUUGGCAGUUGAUGAAUGUGAAGCUGAAGCGCAACUUCGCCGUGUUGCUGAAUAGGGACGACUUACGCGAGUUGAAUGGUACUAAUGUCGACUAUGUCAUGGGUAUUUUCGCUAACAACAAUUUGCAGCACACAAAUGAUGUGGAUGCGCGUAGGCGCCGCGUUCCACAAUUAUCCGAAAUGAUAGCGAAAAGCUUAAAAGUGUUAAAGCGUAAAAACAAGAGAUAUCUGUUGGUUGUGGAGAGUGGCGUCGAGUCCACAGCAAGUGUAGAUAAGCAAAUGGGUACUCUAUUGCAAUUAAAUGACGUAGUGGAGCAGACUCUGAACAAAAGUGAAAGUGGAACGCUGGUUUUGGUGCUUUUCACCAAUGGCAAGUAUGUACGUAAUGCAGUCGAAAGUAGUGCUGAAACAGAUGUUACAGCUAACGUGGUUGACUUUGGGAGUGAAGGAAACACAUCUAUAGACAGGCGUUUAUUCGAUAUGGCCACGGAAGCUGUAGUUUAUGCAAAAGGACCACGGUCUUACCUGCUACAUGGCGUUCACGAGGAAACUUAUAUGUCGUAUGUCUUAUCUUAUGCAUUACAAAUGGGUCAUUUCAAGCCAAGUUCCGAUAUCGAAAAAAGGCAUAGAUAAAUGGUUAUAUUUGCAUUUUUAUUAAUUACAUUUUAUUAAUUAAAACCAAUAAUUAUUACAUUAAAUACUCGUUUAAGUACA